UACAACCCGGUCCGGUGGUUAGAAAAUUCCACAAGCUGUUUGAGAUCACUAAUAUCACCAUGAGUAACAACCAUUCCCUACGUAGCAUACUGGAUGCUAAUAAGUUGACUGGACCAAAUUUCUUGGACUGGUAUAGAAACUUGAGAAUUGUUCUCAAGCAAGAAAAGAGGCUAUAUGUCCUUGAACAUGCCAAACCCAGUAUUCCUCCUGUUGAUGCUCCUAAAGAGGUACUAAGUGAGUUCAUUCGUCAUACAGAUGAUGAUGAGCAAGCCACAUGUGUGAUGUUGGCUAGCAUGUCUCCUGAACUUCAAAGGCAGCAUGAGAAUAUGGAUUCUCGAACAGUCAUUUUGCAUCUCAAGGAGUUGUUUGAUUCAAAAUGCAGGAAUGAAAGGUAUGAGGUAUCAAGGGAAUUGUUCCGCUGUAAGAUGACAGAAGGAUCUUCAGUGAAUGUUCAUGUUCUGAAGAUGAUUGGCUAUAUUGAAAAAUUAGGCCAAUUGAGUUUUGUCAUGGAUCAUGAGUUAAGUAUUGACUUGGUCUUACAGUCUCUACCUCCUAGCUUCUCAUAG